CAUCAGAGCGUCUUACAAUAGGAAGGAGCAUAACUGGGGAUGGCAGCACCAAGGGGUGGAAAGGGGGAGGACAUAAGUGUGGCAUAUAGUAGGCAUAUAGGAGGCAUAUCUGACAAGAUGAGAGUGUGAUGUAAUGCGGAAAAGAGCCCAAACCAGGGAAAAAUAAAAGCAAACAAGGGGCAAUGUGGGAAUGUAUUCACUAAUCCGUGUCGGGGGCCACACAGCGGCCUGUACAAGCGACUAAUACACCCGUGUGGCAUUACCAGUACUACACAGGAAUCCUUUCACUUUAAUGUGGCUGUAGCCUCCCCCUCUGGGCGGGAUUGAGUGCAAAGCAGCAGGCGGGGAGGGAGCUGUUCCAGGAAGAAGUAUUCUAGGGCCUGGGAGCUGCCUGGGAAGUCAGUGGUGCCGGUAUCCGAGCUUCUCUGGGCUCAGCUUUACCACAGACGUCUACGGGCUCUUGGCACCGGCUCCGGGCCGGUGCUGUAGGAAACACCGAGCUGUGGCGGAGGGCUAGCAGGCCGCAGCCACCAUGCACGACGCCUUUGAGCCUGUACUGAUACUGGAGAAACUUCCCUUACAGAUCGAGUGCCUGGCAGCCUGGGAAGAAUGGCUUCUCGUUGGAACUAAACAAGGACACCUGCUGCUAUACAGGGUCAAGAAGGAACAAGGCUGCAACCAGUUUGAAGUGACUUUGGAGAAAUCAAACAAGAACUUUGCCAAGAAAAUUCAGCAGAUUCAUGUUGUUCCUCAGUUUAAGAUUCUGGUCAGUUUGCUUGAUAAUAAUGUUUGCGUGCACGACUUGUUAACUUUCCAGUUAAUUACCACAAUUUCAAAGGCAAAGGGAGCUUCACUGUUGUCUUGUCACCUCCAGAAGUCCAGACCUGGAGAGGAGGUGUUGAAGAUGUGUGUGGCUGUCAAGAGAAAACUGCAGUUAUAUUUCUGGAAAGACAGAGCCUUCCAUGAGCUACAGGGUGACUUUAGUGUUCCAGAUGUUCCCAAAUCUAUGGCAUGGUGUGAGAACUCAAUCUGUGUGGGAUUUAAACGGGAUUAUUACUUGAUCAGGGUUGAUGGGAAAGGCUCCAUUAAAGAGCUUUUCCCCACAGGCAAGCAGCUGGAGCCACUGGCAGUGCCACUGCAGGAUGGAAAGGUGGCCGUGGGACAGGAUGACUUAACGGUGGUUUUGAACGAGGAAGGAACGUGUACUCCAAAAUGUGCUCUGAACUGGACUGACAUCCCAAUGGCAAUGGAGCAUCAGCCUCCAUAUAUAAUUGCCGUUUUGCCCCGGUAUGUGGAAGUCCGGACAUUUGAACCACGGCUGUUGGUACAAAGCAUUGAGUUACAAAGACCUCGUUUUGUUACAUCUGGAGGACCCAAUAUUGUAUAUGUGGCCAGCAAUCACUUUGUCUGGAGGUUGGUUCCAGUGUCCAUUGCCACACAGAUACAGCAGCUGUUACAGGACAAGCAGUUUGAACUCGCACUGCAGUUAGCGAGAAUGAAGGAUGACUCAGAUGGAGAGAAGCUACAGCAAAUCCAUCACAUCCAGAAUCUGUAUGCCUUUAAUUUAUUUUGCCAGAAACGUUUUGAAGAAUCCAUGCAGGGUUUUGCCAAGCUUGGAACAGAUCCUACCCACGUUAUCGGAAUGUACCCGGAUCUGCUACCUUCUGAUUACAGGAAGCAGCUUCAGUACCCUAACCCUGUUCCUGCCCUAUCUGGAGCAGAGCUAGAAAAGGCCAGCUUAGCACUUAUAGAUUACUUGACCCAGAAAAGGAGCCACCUGGUUAAAAAGUUGAAUGACUCUGACCACCAAUCCACCACGUCUCCUCUGAUGGAAGGAACUCCAACCAUCAAAUCCAAAAAAAAGCUCCUGCAGAUUAUAGAUACCACUCUACUUAAGUGCUACUUGCAUACUAACGGGGCCCUGGUGGCAUCACUCCUGCGACUGGAGAACAAUCACUGCCAUGUUGAGGAAAGUGAACAUGUCCUGAAGAAGGCACACAAGUACAGUGAGCUAAUCAUCCUUUAUGAAAAGAAGGGGCUGCAUGACAAGGCAUUACAGGUCCUACUAGAUCAGUCAAUAAAAGCCAACUCCCCACUGAAGGGCCAUGAAAGGACAGUGCAGUAUCUACAGCACCUUGGGGAGGAGAAUAUUUCUCUGAUUUUUGCACAUUGUAGCUGGGUACUGCGGAUUCAUCCAGUGGACGGACUUAAGAUUUUCACAGAGGAUCUGCCUGAAGUGGAAAGUCUCCCUCGGAAGCCUGUCCUAGAUUUUUUAUUGGCAAACCACAUUGAUUUGGCAAUUCCAUACUUGGAGCAUGUCAUCCUGACGUGGGAAGACCAGUUUCCAGAAUUCCACAAUUGUUUAAUUAAACUUUAUUGUGAGAAGGUUCAGAAACUGAUGAAAGAUCCGCCAACAGGUCCUGAAAUCAACGAAGUGGGGGAAGAUGGUUCGGUACCUGAUAAAAAAGAGGCAGAUAAGCCGGAAGAAAUCCGCAGAAAACUCUUGGAUUUCUUAGAUAUAUCAAACUGCUACCAGCCAGAACAAUUGAUAAGCCAUUUCCCAUUUGAUGGAUUGCUGGAGGAGAGGGCUCUAUUGUUGGGCCGGAUGGGCAAACAUGAGCAAGCAUUAUUUAUUUAUGUGCACAUCCUUGAGGAUACCAACAUGGCAGAGCAGUACUGCCACAAACACUAUGACCCUAGGAAGGAAGGUAACAGAGACGUCUACCUCUCCCUUAUAAGGAUGUACCUUUCCCCACCUGAUUUUCAUUGUUUGGGUCCCAUAAAGAUAAAACUGGAGGAGCCACAGCCUAAUCUUAAAGCAGCAUUAGCAGUUCUGGAACAACAUCAUGGAAAACUGAACACUACCAAGGCAAUAAACUUGCUCCCAGCAAACACUAAAAUAAAGGAGAUUCAGAUUUUUCUGGAGAAAGUGUUGGAGGAAAAUGCCCAGAGAAGGAGGUUCAACCAAGUUCUAAAGAAUCUGCUUUACUCCGAGUUCCUAAGGGCUCAAGAGGAGAGGAUUUCUCAUCAGCAAGUGAAGUGUGUUAUUACGGAGGAAAAAGUUUGCAGUGUGUGCAAGAAGAAGAUUGGAAACAGUGCCUUCGCUCGGUAUCCGAAUGGGGUGGUUGUGCAUUAUUUCUGUGCCAAGGAUGUCAAUUCAGUUGACACAUGAACACCUUCUCAAGAAGUAACGUUUCUUGGUAUCGCAGUGACUGGAGACAUUCACAAAUUCCCUUGAUAAACCUCCAGUUAUCAAGCUGGGUAUCUUCCUUUCGUUUUGACCGACUUGAACUCUAACGGUUCUUACACACUGAGAGUGCGUCUCGGCCAUAUGUGCCUAUGUUGUAUCAUCUCGCCAGCCUGGCUGCACCGAGAAGCUUUCAGAUGCACAAUGCGAUGACCAGUGAAAUCAUAUGCUGCAGAUGGUCCGGUUUGCUGGGUCAAGCCAUGCAGCAAAAUCUCAUCAGACAAAGUCUCCUCUGACAAUCUCACAGCAGAAAAAUUGCCACACCCUGCCUGUCAGUCAUUAACAUUAUGAUGUGCUGUACAGAUCUGUUAUUAUAUGUAUAUACAGCUUUAUUUAGCUUUACUAUCCUACAGUUUAUCAGCUAUAAUUUAACCUUCAUCUUGCAUUGUUUCACAGCACAAACAAACCCAAAAGUCAUUUUCCUAAGUGUAAAAUCUUAGUUUUAGGGUAUUUUGCUGGGACAACUCCAACAUAGAAUUUUAAUGCACAGAGCAGAUAAAGGCCAAGUGGGCACCUAGAAUAUCAGCUGAUGCUAGAGCCCCCUGGUGUCAGGCUUUGGGUACUUGAAGAAUAUCUUUCAAUGUUUCUAGGAGCACACUGGUUACUGGUAGGGAUCAUCUUAAAAAGCUUGUUAUCUAAAUGCACUAUUUACUUUUUAAACCAGAAUGCUCUGGCCAUUGUAAUAAACAUACUGGAUGCAAUAUUACACAGAUUUAAUGUGUAAUGUGUAGCACUGCAAUGUGUUGGUGCUCUCCAGUCAGGGAACAUCCCUGUUUAGCAGUAGUAAUACUAAAUGUAGGCUUCGGUUAGGCUGCCCAGUGUCCUAAAUUUACAUGAAGAGACAGCUGCAUACCCAUAUAGCUUUUGUUGUAGCUUGGUGGUAGGGUGGCUGAAAAGUUGUAAGAGAUUACUUUUACCAAUAUUACAGUAAUUGGAGCCACCCCCAUCCCCUCCAGGUUCCUGUCACAAGUUCCUCCAGGGCAGGUUGAUUUUACAUAUGCCUUAUACAAACACCCACCUGUGUUUGGUGUAAUGUUGGAACACUAUAGGGAGUCCAUCUUUGUUUAUAUAUAUGAGCAAUAUAUAUAUAUUUUUUGAUAGUGUAGAGAACAGGAUUGCAUGUGUCUGUAAAAGAGAACAAGAAUGAAGUUACAACAUGCAGAGGAUACACCAGGAUAUACAGUGUUAUAUAUGUCCUUUAACAUGCUUUUUAUGUCACAAUUUUUGUCAUUGCUUCCAAUUGUUCUUGUCAGUAGAUGGCACUGUUGCAUACUCCUUGACUGUCUAUGGUAAAGACCUAUGUACACACACACACACGUUAUUCAGGCACCUGAGGAAGAUGUUUGACAAAACAUGACUUUUAAUAAAUGUUUGUGGCAUGCAAUAGAUCUAUCCAUCAGUGUUGCCACGUGCAGCUGUGGUUACUCCAAGCACCCAGUAACUUUAUUAUUUGAUUAGAUGUGUGUGGGCUUAACUCUGUACCUGUUGGAGUUCAUCUAUAGACCCUGUGAUUUAGAAUGCCUGAACUGCUGAUUAAACCCUACACAACUCUAAGGAUGUAGUAAAGGGGCAGAUCAGCUGUGCAUGUCAAGGCACUUUUCCUAUAAUAUUUUAGUUCCUGUGCCUUUACACUUAUGGUAUUUCACAGACAGGGCUCUUUUAUUAACCAGUCCCACCUCAAUACAUACCCAUUUGUACAGAACAGGAGAGACUCUAAUACUUCAUCUCUAUUUUGCUUAAAAAAAGUCCUUGCACAGUUAUUUAACAUGCCUGUAAAUAUUUUGUACAACACAUGUAAAAAGAAUAAAUCUAAAACCUGUCUGGUACUCACCCACUACAAAUAAAGGUACAAAUCUUAUUUUGCUGCAUAAUUAAAUAAAAUACUAACAAGUGGCUACA